UUUUUUGAAUAAUUUAAUAAAUGCACCGGCGGAUCCCGGAGAAUUUGUGAAAAAUAACUCUGAUGAGGCUAUGAAAUUCCUUCUGACAUUAUUGAAAUAAUCUCCUGAUUAAGAAUAAAGCCCAGAUAGGAAACAAAAGCACUGCUGUCAAACUGGCACUGCGGCAGUGGUUGUUGUUCGGCAUAGAAAUGUCGUUUUUCUGUGGCCCGAUGAGAUUAAGGACGAAAAAGAAACGAGAUGGAGAUGAAUCCUUGUUACCCUAUGACUCGGCUCCGAUGUCCGCGCCCAUCAGGAUUCCAAAUGAUCCUGCCUCCAAGAUGACAGUACUCAAUGACUUCAUCGCAAGUCUCAAAGAUGAACUCACUGUCCGCAAGGGAGAAACUGUUGACAUCUUAGACGUCGACCGUAAGUGGGCAUUUGUAGCAGCGGGCUCUGGGCGUGGCUUCGUGCCGCUGUCAUGUCUAGGGCCACACCCGGUGAGAGCUCGAUCAACUGUGAUCGCAAGUUCAACUCUGCAGUCACAGAAUGAAGACAAUGUAGGCAGUGUGAGUGUGUUUACGAAGGACCCGUGCGGACAUUAUGUCGCAUUGUACGAUUUCAUGGCGCAGGAUGAAGACGAUCUGAGCGUGGUUUGCGGGGAGUGCGUGAUAUCCUUGAAUGAGGAGGACCCAGACUGGGCAUGGGUGCAGAAGAGUAACGGGGACGAGGGAUUUGUACCUAGAUCGUACUUAUACUCGGACAGUGUCUCCUCAACGAAUGAUGUAUCAAUAUCUGCUGAUGGAAUGAUGAUGUCAUCUGAUUCUGACCUUCACAAGCUACAGCUAUGUGGGACAGAGUUAAUGUCACUAUAUGAUUAUCAGGGACGUAUAGCUGAAGACUUGAGUGUACUGAGGGGUGAUCUAUUGUAUGCAGACAUGACCAACCAGACCCAUGAUGAAUGGCUGUGGGCGUACUGCCCAAGAACACAGUCUUGUGGGUUUAUACCCAAGGACUAUGCUCGACCACCAGCCCUAGAGUAAACACAACAACUAAAAACCAGAUUCAUCUAAAGCUAUUUACCCCUUGCACGCGCGUCACACGCUCACCAUUCUGGUGAGCAAUAGGUUUAUGUGUAAACGCCGCUUUGCCUAAA